CUUCCUGAGAACAUUCGUCAUUUGAUAUUGCUAUAGAAUGCGAUAACGUCAGCUACAUAACCAUAUGAUAUCUUGUUCUGGGAAGUACCAAGACUGCACUGAAAGUCCCGCGAAUCAAAUUGACUAUUUUACGUGUUACACUACAGUUAUAUCUUAGCUCUGCUUUACCAAUUGCAAUUCGCUAAAGUUGCCCUACAGGAGCGCAAUCGAAAUUUUGCAACGCAAUAUAUCUACAAACACAUACAAAGAGAAUUAUACAUUAUUACACAGUCGCUAAAAUCGCCAUCCGAAGCAUGCUGGACCUUCUUCGCAAAAAUAAAUCUAGCUCCUACCAACCAAUUAUCGGUAGCAUCUCUAAAACAUUCUUCCUCCUUCGAACCGUGUCAAGAAAUUUACCAAAAUUCCAUCAUCAAUCGAAUGGCUUGCCAGUGGAAAAUCUUGAACGACGAAGAAUUUCAAGUUUAUGGCCACUGGUGGAGGGUAAUGAACAAUCCUCAAUGAAGAUUUGGCUCAUUGACUAAUUAAAUUAGCUUUACACACGGUUAACGACCUCUGAUGGCCUGUGGAUCGACUAAAUUUAUCUCUGCGGCACUUUCAUCAGCUCCCCCUCCCUCUACCCAUCCACAACAAGUUGACACAUGACCUUGUAUGCAGCUAUAUGGUUCCACUGACUCGCAUAUAUCGCGUUUCUCAAACGGAUAUCGCAUUGUUGUCGAGUAUAAUGGGUUCAUUCGACUCCAAAGAAUUCCUCGCUAUCCGUUCGCCUCAUAAUAAAUCGUAAAUGUUAUUCGUCGUAAUGGCAGAUGCACUUGCUUUCCAGUUGAUAGAAUUGUUUGAAAAAUUAAAGUUUCCUUAUCGGGCCGGAAUUGUGUGUUUGUUUUCGACCUCGUUCGGCCGAUUUGGUCAGUUAUUUUAAGAGAUAUGAAGAUAAAGAGAGCUGAUGGAAAAAUUGGAGAAAUUCUAGCGCACGUGAAAUGUAAUAACAUUGUUGGUGUGUCUUUUAAAACAUGGUACAUAGGUGCCGUUUUAUCCAUCAACCGAUAGCUUAGUAAUCGACAGCGUUAGGUCGCCUUGUAUUCUCAUGGAAGUGGCUGAUCAUGGCCAGUGUAGCGUGAUCCAGCAUUGUCUGCACAUCUGUCAGUCAAAAUGAGGAAGCGAAACGGAAUGCCACCGUACCGAGUCUGGGGUUCCACGGAGGACAGGACCAUUGACUUCGAGUCCUUGACGAACGAAACUCUGGAAGGAGCUCUGGAUGUCAUGAGAAAGAGCUUCUUUGUCUACGAGAGCGUAUCCAGAGGUGUAGACCUACUCUCAGAACCUGGUGCAUCAGAGGAACUCGAGAAACUUUGCCUGGAUGCUGCCAAGGAUGGCGUCAGUGUAGUGGCUGUGGACAUAUACAGUGGAGAAGUUAUUGGAGUAGCUUUUAACAAGCUGCAGGUCCUUAACAGUUCAUCAGACAAGAGCGCUUUCGAGAUAUUCAGUGAAAACUGCAAGUACAAGUCGUCGAAAGCUCUAGUGGACUUCAUGAUCGACAUAGAUGCUAAGAUGAAUUUAUUCAAGCACUAUAACACCGACUGUAUUUUUGAAAUAAUGUUCUUGGCUACCUUGCCGAAUAAUCAGAAGCGUAGGAUAGGGGAACUACUGGUAUCUACAUCCAUAGAAGUUGCAAAGGAGUUGAAAAAGGGAAAGGCUGUGAAGACACCAGUCACGAUAAAUGGCGACAAUACGAUACAGAAUCUGGAAGCAGUGCCUAACCUAGUGUCUGCGAUCAUGACAUCAAACUAUUCACAAAAGAUUUCAGCAAAGUGUGGAUUCGAGAGUCUGGUGUCAACCAAUUACAAAGAGUUCCAGUUUAAUGGAAAAUCUUUCAACGAGAGGAUAGGGAACGAACACUUGAACUGUCUCCUAGUGGCUAAAAGAUUAUUUUAGACUGAAUGUAACUAGUUAAGACACUAAUUUAUUAUUGGACUGUGGAUUUCUAUGAAUUUGUGGUAGAUCGAAAGAUGCGAGGAUGUAUAUAAUGUGCAAGAAUAUAUAAUAUAAUAAUAUGUUAAUAUUGCUAUAAUGUUAGACGAUACAAAUCUCUGUGUAAAUUCUAUUCUUUUUUUUUUUUAUAAAAAAUAUGAAUUUAUAUGAAUAUCCAUAAUCUACUUAUUAAGAAGGAAUUUGAUACUGAUAGGUUUAUCUUUAGAGAUACAAUAGAAAAUACAUAUUUUCUUGCAUAAAAUUGUACAAUACGAAGAAAAUUGGCUUAAUGUCUAUACAUACUUCCACGACCUUGCGUUAUUAAGUUAAUCUGAUUGUUGUAAUCGAGUUUAGAGUGCUUGCACGCGAUAAGGUAGCACAUGUAUAGUGUGUCAGCAGAUAAUUUACUAAUCAGUGAAGAGUACUAGUUAAAAAUAUUCUGUUAUACUAGUUAUAAAUAUACUGUUAUGUCUUAUUCCGUCAAAACAUACAGGAGAAACAAGUAUUAUUUAAGUAUUAUUAUGUCAAGGGGUUUUUUGCAAUAAACAAAUUGUUAUUUAA